AUGCUAGAUUUGGCCCGUCAUUCAUCUUGCCCGUUAUGGGCUGGGCUUGAUUCUCCAGGUGCCAUUUCAGAUGGAGGCCCACCCGCCGCCCUCAUACCUUGGCCAGGGAUGAAAUAUUCUUGUGUCCGAGUGUUGCACACAUAUUGCAAGAUCUUCAAUCAGGAGGAGCUGUACGAACUUAUUGUCAGAAAAACGUGUAAAGCAUGCAAAUGUCCACGAGAAUCUCAUGCCUUGUAUCACGAAGAAUGGGUUUCAGUCCGUGAUAGGUUAGGAUUUAAACCUAGCGGAGAUCAAAAUAACAUUCAAUUGAGAAGUAGCGCGCGGGAGCUAGGAUACAGCUGGGUACCUCCUGGUUUAACAAGAGAAAAGGUUGAUGUUUAUUUCAAACAAUUGCCGACUGAGAAUAUUCCUCUGCUUGACUCAGUGGGAGAACGCAACCGGGACAAAGAACUUUCCAGGCAACUACCGAAGCAAGAUUUGGCAUUUUCGUACUGUAAGCAUGUAGAACCUCAGCAUCGGGUUAGCUACGAGGAUUUUAUAGCGGCAAGAAAUGAAAUUGCAUUAGACAUAGGACAAGUCCUUGAAACGACGCAAACCACCGACUGCAAAGGUUGUUCAUCACCUAUCGCGGCAAACUCGUUAGCCGUAUCUGCGUCUAAACUAGGAAUAAAUACAUUUUGGCAUCCUAAAUGUUUUACGUGUGUGGUUUGUCGUGUCCCGCUGGUUGAUUUAACUUACUGCGCACGAGAAGGCGACGUUUACUGCGAAAGACACUACGCGGAAACUCUAAAACCCCGCUGUAUAGGCUGUGAUGAGGUAACUUUUAACUCGUUAUUUAUCACUGAUAUGUCUUGUGCAGGCAGAUAA